CACAUACAAUUACAUUUUAUCUCCAGCCUGUAAGCUACAGAAAAGGCCACAAUCUCUUUCUACCAUAUUUAUAUAGCUAAUGUGCAGUCGCCCUACCCUGGUGCACUGCACAAGUAGCUAGGUAAGUGUUCUAGCUAUCUAUCUAGCCAAGACGUCAUUACCAUGAGAAAUCGCGGGCAUUAGCGCGUGACCAUCUGACUGAGUAGGAGGAGACCUGGCUCACCAGCUAGCCAGCUAUUUAUUUACAUUGGAACAGCAACCACAGAUUCUUUGAGUGGACACUGCAAUAAGAUGAGAAGAUAUGAAAUGCAGCAGGCCAGACCUACUGCAGGCUGCCUCUCUGUGCCUCUGUUUACCCAGAAGAAAAGGAGCAGGCUGCCUUUGACAUCCAAUCCCUCUGAGAAUGAAUUCUGCUCUAGCAAUGAAUACAUGUCCACACACAGCUCUGCUUCAUCCAACAACAUAUCUGGUAACACAGAAUAUUUCCAAGAUCAAGACCCAAGCUGUCCUGCACCUGCUACUCAGAACAGACAAGGCAACCAGCAUCAGUCUCAACCACAGUUUCAGUAUCCAAACAGUCGACUUGCACCUGAACCCGUGGGGAGAAACUUUGCACCUCUACCACACCCAUAUAAAGCUGUGAAUACAGGUCCGCAGAUGGGACAGCAACAGCCACCAGUGAGGCAGGACUCCAGAGCCCCUAUAAACCCCAGACAGAGCAACUACAACGGCCCCUGCAGCAGUGGGAACACACAGAGCAAGCCAGUACCGCCAAGUAGCUACUCUCAUAUGGGUCAGCAGCAGCAAUCUGGCUACAGACAGGGACAGGCCAACCCACCAGAGCCUCCUCUCUACUCCCAGCAGUCUACACCCAUUACCACAACAAGCAGACCAACUCCUGGCCCUCCAAGCAGACCAACACCUGGCCCUCCAAGCAGACCAACUCCUGGUCCUGGACCACAGCAGCAGAAACAGAACACAUCCUGGAAGUUUAAAAUGACCACCAACACUGGGCUACAGAAACAGCUGAUGGACAGUAGAGACAUAUAUCAAACUCAAAAUACCUCUCAGUCUCAGGUACAACAUACACCACCUGUGUUCCAGAUCAAACCAGCAACUGAGAACUCUUUGAGGAUACUGACUGCUGUCAUUGAUGGCAUGAGACACUGGAGCCAGUUCAAGGACAGAGCUCCGUACCUAUUUGAGAUUUUCGCUACUCUUGACUCCGCAGUCACCGCCGGGUCUCAUGGAGCUAAGAACUUCCUCAUGAGAGAUGGGAAAGAGGUGGUGCAGUGUGUCUUCUAUGAAAAUGAGCUGGACCUUCCCAGGCUGAUCCGAGGCCAGGUGCACCGCUGUGUGGGAAAUUACGACCGCACCAGGGACACACUCACCUGCAUGUCUGUCAGGGCUGCCCUGCACUCAGAGCAGAGGAAUGCACAGGAGUCUGUCAAAGCAUCGGACGCUGAGAUGAGGGGCCUGGUGAAAUCACUCAGUGAAGUCUGAUCAGAGGCACAGAAACACGUAAAGGGCAAUUCAAGGGCAAUACAAUUGUUUUUGCCCAUGGUUCCUUGUGAAGAUCACUAUAUGGCAAGUGUUCUCCUUUUCAUUAGAAACUGCGGGAUCCUAUAUGGAGUGUUGUCGUCUAUUAGAAACUGAAGGAUCCUAUAUAAAGUCCUGCUGUAUAUACAGUGCCUUUGAAAAGUAUUCAGACCCCUUGACCUUUUCAAAAUUUUGUUACGUUCGCCUUAUUCUAAAAUUGAUUAAGUAGUUUUCCCCCUCGUCAAUCUACACACACAGGCCUCCCGGGUGGCGCAGUGGUCUAGGGCACGCAGUGCUAGCUGCGCCACCAGAGUCUCUGGGUUCGCGCCCAGGCUGGGCUGGGUUCGCGCCCAGGCUCUGUCGCAGCCGGCCGCAACCGGGAGGUCCGCGGGGCGACGCACAAUUGGCAUAGCGUCGUCCGGGUUAGGGAGGGUUUGGCCGGUAGGGAUAUCCUUGUCUCAGUAUGUAAAAAUGUAAUAAAAUGUAUGCACUCUACUGUAAGUCGCUCUGGAUAAGAGCGUCUGUUAAAUGACUAAAAUGUAAUGAAAUGUAAUACCCCAUAAUGACUACGCAAAAACAGGUUUUUACUCAGUAUUUGUUGAAGCAUCUUUGGCAGCGAUUACAGCAUCAAGUCUUCUUGGUUAUGACACUACAAGCUUGGCACACCUGUAUUUGGAGAGUUUCUCCCAUUCUUCUCUGCAGAACCUCUCAAGCUCUGUCAGGUUGGAUGGGGGAGAGA